CGCUCGCGUCAGUCCAUCUCUAGAGUCCAACUCUGGCGCAUCUAGUCACCGAAUCAAACAAAUUUAAAUUACGAACUCUAAUUGAAAUUCAAAUUAAGAAAUAAAAUUUAAAUGAAGAACAGUUGAAACGAGUUUGUUAUGAUUUUAAGAAUGAUGAGUUUUUGUGUGUUUUUGUUUUUUUUAUUUAGUUUUAAUCAAGUGUUGUGUUAUGAAGUGCCCAAAGCGAAGUUAGAGGCGAUAUAUCCUAAAGGAUUAAGAGUUUCUAUACCAGAUGAUCACUACUCCUUAUUCGCUUUCCAUGGGAAGCUGAACGAGGAAAUGAAUGGUUUGGAAGCCGGUCAGUGGUCGAGAGACAUCACCAAACCCAAGAACGGAAGGUGGACCUUCAGGGACAGGAACGUCAAGCUGCACCUCGGAGACACCGUGUACUAUUGGACUUUCAUCAUUAAAGACGGACUAGGUUAUCGCGAGGAUAACGGACAAUGGACUGUCACUCGUUACGUCGACGAAGCCGGUAAUCCCGUCGGUCCAAACGGUGAGCCUAUCACAUCCCGCCCAGAAUCCUUACCUCCAGCCGCUGCGUCACCCAUGGACAUUGAGGACAACGUGCAGUACCCCUGCGAGCUGUCAGUGUCCAAGGUCAACGUGCCAGGGUUUGUCUGUCAAGGGCAGCUUCUGUUCGAAGAUCACUUCAAUGCCAGCAUCGCAAAGGGAAAAGUUUGGACGCCUGAAAAUAAGUUUGUUGGAGGACCGGAUUUUCCAUUCAACAUGUACCUGCAAGACACCAGCGUGACUGUGGAGGACGGGAAGCUCUCCAUCAAACCUGUCACCCUGGAGUCCAUCUACGGAGAGAACUUUGCUCGUCAGACCCUGGACAUCAAUGCAAGAUGCACAGGCGUUAUAGGAACAACUGAUUGUGCUAGAGAAGCAUCGGGACCUCAGAUCCUGCCUCCGAUCGUCUCAGCUAAGAUCACGACUAAGAACACAUUCGCCUUUAAAUUUGGCAAGAUCGAAGUCAGGGCAAAGCUGCCACUCGGGGACUGGAUCUACCCAGAGAUCCAACUGGAACCUCGUGAUAACAUAUACGGCAUCAACAACUACGCGUCAGGGAUCAUUCGUGUAGCGACUAAUAAGGGCAAUGCGGAAUUCUCCAAGAAACUAUACGCAGGCCCUAUCAUGUGUGCCACGGAGCCUUACAGGUCGUCUCAUUUGAGAGAGAGGACUGGGUCCGAUGCCUGGACUAAGGACUUCCAUAUUUAUUCAGUAGAAUGGAGACCAGACGGCAUUUCACUCUUCGUGGAUGGUGAGAAGUAUGGAGAGGUGGCACCACCCUCCGAAGGCUUUUACAAGAGUGCCUCUGAGAACCACGUGCAGGCAGCCUCGCAGUGGCUGAAGGGAACUGUCAUGGCUCCCUUUGAUGACAUGUUCUACGUAGCGGUUGGUCUCAACGUGGGUGGUGUCCGGGAAUUCGCCGACAGUCCCAAUAAACCCUGGAAGAAUGAGGCCACCAAAGCCAUGAUCAAAUUCUGGGACGCGAGGGACCAGUGGCACUCCACCUGGUUCGAAGACAGUGCUCUCCAGAUCGACUACGUCAGAGUAUUUGCGCUAAUUAUACGUAAGGAAAGCCGUGGGUCCAACACAAGUCGUAUAUCAUUUAGUAUCAGAAUGCUUUCCCAGGGGAAAGACGUGUCUCUCCUCUUAGUAAUAUUUCAAUUUUUCGUACAAGUACCAUUGUUAGACGCGUACUACCGAGACCAGUUUAUCGACCAAUAUGAUGAUGGCAGUGGUGAUGGAUUAGGAUCACAUGAAGAAACAACUACAAAGUUACAACCGAAAUGUAAACAUGGAACAUUUUGGGAUAACGGUGAACUGUACUGCGACAUACACGGCAAUUGGGUGUAUGUCGAUGUUGGUAUAGAUGUAAGAAAUAAGGCGACGCGGCCACCGCCGAGUAACCCAGUAUGGCCGACAUUGCCUCUUCCGUAUCCUGUAUUCCCAAAGCCACCUAGGAUGCCUAGGCCACCUAGGCUACCUAGACCACCUAGGCUACCUAGGCCACCUAGGCUACCUAGACCACCUAUACCACCCAGGCUACCCAGGCUACCUACACCACCUAGGCUACCAAUUCUACCAUGGAUACAACGAACGACAACAAAGCGUACCCCACGUACCACCACCACACGAGCCCCACGUACAACGACCACAAGGAUGCCACGUACGACCACGAAACGAACCCCACGCACGACAACCACGAAUACGCCAAGCACCACCACGAUGCGAACCACCACCCCAAAACCUUGCCAACCAACCGUGACUAAAGUUCGCGGAGGUGCCAUCGUUUGCGGAGGACAGACAAUAUUUGAAGACACUUUCGAUUCGUUCCGGGACAAGAUGUGGCAAAUCGAACAUUACAUUCCUUCUAAUUCACCGGAAUUCCCGUUCGUGUCGUACCAAAAUCUGCCCACUGACCCAACAGUGAUGGUGAAAAAUGGGGAACUGAGAAUCGCACCCAAACUGCAGGAAAAACAGCCAGGGUUCACCAACGAAACCAUUUUUACAGGCUCUAUCAAUCUUCUUCAAGGGUGCACAUCAUCAGCUGAAGUUUGCAUGAAGCAUGCGUGGGGCGCCGACAUCCUGCCGCCCGUCGUCAGCGGCCGGAUCACUUCCAAAGGCUUCGCGUUCACAUACGGGAUAGUCACAGUGCGCGCUAAAUUACCGCAAGGCGACUGGUUGUAUCCUGAGAUCUUGUUAGAGCCGUACUUGCAGAAGUAUGGAAGCAAACACUACAGUUCUGGUGUGAUCAACAUAGCAUCUGCACGUGGUAACAGGGAACUAAAAAGUCGAACUACAGAAUACUCCAAUAAGGUGCUGUUUGGCGGCCCAGUAAUGGACGCACAAUGCUACGAUACUUUACUUAGCAAUAAAAAAAUAAAGAACGGAAUGUGGGGUGACGAAUUCCACAAGUUUUCACUUGUUUGGACGCCAGAUAAUAUAACACUGUUGGUAGACGGGAAGCGAUGGUCUCACGUGGAACCUUCGUCGAAGGGACUUCGGGACCAGUUCUCCAGGAUGUGCUCGGAGGUGCCGCGCAGCCUGCUCGGCCUUGGGACCAAGAUAGCACCAUUUGACGAAUAUUUUCACCUAACAUUGGGCGUGGCAGCCGGCAGUAUCAAGCAGUUCCCUGACAAACUGCUAACAGAGAACGGUCGCGCGAAACCUUGGACCAACGUGAGCAGGAAGGCUCUACUCAACUUCUGGCAAGACAUGGAAGCCUGGUACUCAACGUGGAACCAGCCAGAACUCCUUGUCGACUACAUCAGAGUUGAAGCGUUGAACGAGUUAUGCUUUAUUUUGCUAACUUGCUUAAAUUUACAUACAAUCAGUAGCAAAAUGUCCGCGGAACCGAACGCACGUUUCUCGGCGUAUUUCUUCACGUUAUUAAUAUUUAUACAGUCAAGUGCUCAAUAUGAAAUACCGGAUGUGUUAAUACAAGCUUUAAAACCGAAAGGAUUUCGAGCGUCCAUACCGGACGCGCCAAAGUUAGCGCUGUUUGUGUUUCAAGGAAACGUAAACAGGCCGAUUAGCCAGAAUGAUGUGGGGUCCAUCGCUGGCGAGGUGAUCAGCGCUAAGGAUGGGAGGUGGACAGUCGAGGUUCCCAACAUAGAGCUGAAGGUUGGAGACGAGAUUAACUACUACGUCGUCGUGUCCAUCAAUAGAGCUGGCUAUGUCAAGGAUAAUCUGAGAUUUACUGUUACUGAGUUAGAAGACAGGCAUAGUCCUGUGCCACCCACCUCCCCACCAGCUCCUGCCACUGCUAGCCCUGGCACAUGCAAACCAACCUUGACAACAAUCCGCGGGGGCACAGCUUGCGCAGGGCAAAUUAUUUUUGAAGAGAAUUUUGAUACAUUCCGGGAUAAUGUCUGGCAGAUUGAACAGUAUAUCCCAGUUAAUUCACCGGAUUAUCCCUUCGUGUCUUACCAACGCUUGGCAACAGACCCGACUGUAUCAGUCGCUGGUGGAGUGCUUAGGAUAUCGCCCAAAAUUCAGCAGAAACUUUCAGGGUUUAACGAAGACUCCAUCUAUUCUGGCACCUUGAAUUUGUUUAGUGGGUGCACGUCAUCAGCUGAAGCUUGUAUGAAACAGGCGUGGGGAGCCGACAUCUUGCCGCCUGUCGUCAGCGGCCGUAUCGUUUCUAAAGGCUUCGCCUUCACCUAUGGGACAGUCACCGUGAGAGCCAAGUUCCCACAGGGCGACUGGAUAUAUCCAGAAAUUCUGCUGGAGCCAUUCUUAAAGAAAUAUGGAAGCCCACACUACAGUUCUGGUGUGCUCAAAAUAGCUUCUGCUCGCGGUAAUAAGGAGCUGACAAGUGGAGCCACUGACUACUCAAAUAAGGUUCUUUUCGGCGGACCUAUCAUGGAUGUCCAGUGCCACGACAUUUUACUCAGCAACAAGAUAUUGAAUGAGGGUGCGUGGGGCGACAGCUACCAUGAGUACACACUGCGAUGGGCACCAGACCGCAUCACCCUGUCGGUGGACGGCGCGGAGUGGUCUCGCGUGCAGCCGGCGGCCAGCGGCCUGCGCGCGCGCUUCCCGCCGCGCUGCCGGGACCUGCCGCGGGAGUUACUCAGCUUCGGGUCCAACAUGGCGCCCUUCGAUGAUCAUUUCUACAUAACACUGGGUGUGGGAGCGGGCAGCGUGACGGAGUUCCCCGACGGCGUGACCACCGGCAGUGGGAGACCCAAACCCUGGAGUAACCCCAGUAGGAAGGCUCUGCUCAACUUCUGGCAAGACAUGGACGCCUGGUACCCCACGUGGAACCAGCCAGAACUCCUCGUCGACUACGUUAAAGUUGUAGCGUUAUGAUAAGCAAGAAGUUCUUGGUGAAGUAAACAAAAAUAUGCCAAAAUACAGUUGUUUAUGAAGAAAAUGUUGUUAAGAUUUUUAGGUAAUGAAUGCGUUUACGUAAGGAAUAAAGACUGAUUGAUGUGUAA